GUUGGCUCUGUCAUUAUGAGAAAUCAUAUGUUCUAGAGACGUGACUCGUCGUCACUGCUGAUCAGAGCAAGAAGAAGAAUGGAAACCCUGAUGGACAGUUUUGGAUGAAAACAUGAGGAGACUGAGUCAACCAGCUGUUCUCGCCUAAAGGAACCAACAACUUCUGCAUACUCAGCAUUCCCAAAGACAUGCCAGAAACCACAAUUAUGACAACUACCAGAAAGAGAUUUAGCUGGUUUCGGUGGCUCUGCACUGUUUUUGGACUACUUUUUUAUUUAGCAGACAUUGGAUCAGACGUAUUGUUAUCUGUGCAGUAUUUCAAAGAUGGACAUGUGACCUGGGCUGCACUGACUCUUGUGUUUGUUCUGGUCGGAUCUUUAUGCAUACAAAUAUUCAGCUAUUCAUGGUUCAAAGAUGACAAGGAAAAUUAUGGUGAAGAUAACAAGGGUCUGUCCACUUGCCAUCUGAUCGGAAUACAUGUACUGCAGAUAGGCAUUUUUACAAGGUAUGGCCAUCUCCUGAAGAGGAGUUUUAAAGCCCUGCGUUCGGACGAUACUACAGAUGAGGAGCAGUUCCAUCUUUUCGGCCUUGCUACAGAUCUCAGCAUGCUCCGCAUGUUUGAGAUGUUCCUGGAGAGCGUUCCUCAACUCGUUCUGCAGGUCUAUAUCAUACUGGAGCACAACCAUCACUCUAAACUGCAAUACAUUAGCAUGGCCCUGUCUUUUCUCACCAUAGCCUGGGCCACGGUGGAUUAUCGUCGCUGUUUUCGGCGCUCUCUGCCUAAUCUUAAAGAGAUGCCUUCUGGAAUCCCGACAGUCGUAUACUUGUCCUACAAAAUAUUUACCAUAACCCCUCGAAUCCUCAGCCUCACACUCUUCAUCAUGCUCUCCAGCUUCAACAUUGUAGCAGUGGCCUUCAUAUGGCUGGUGGGAACCGUCUGGGCUUUCGUGGAGGAGACCGACUUCUGCACUUCACGAGUCCUUGAACAUCUUUAUCGAGCCAUUGUUGGAGUUAUUCUCCUUUUUACCUUCUUUAACGUUAAAGGAGAGAACACCAAAGUUCACAUGACUGUGUAUUACAUUUUCAAUGUGGGUCAAAACCUUGCUGCACCGGUUUUGUUGUAUCUGUUCAAACCGGAAUAUGGAGGGAAUGAUUUCUUCCUACCCAUCAUAUUUUUUAUAUUCGUGUCUCAUUCAAUGGGACUGGGUUUUCUGGCACUCUAUUACAGCCUCCUGCACCCCCGUCAACCUUGCAUAGAGGAUCAAGCAGAUGGGCAAAACCAGGAGCCCAAAACAACACGUUCCAAGCAUUUUUUGCAAAUAUAAUAGACUUGCUGUAAAAAGUGCAUAUUUAUAUACAUAUUUAUGUAGUAAUUAUAAAGUAUGAAGGAUCUGUCUGAAAUAUGAACGUCUGAAAGCUGCUAAGGAAGGUGUCAUAUCUGAUUUUACAGGUAUGAAUGUUGAACAUUAAAUGUUUUAUUGAACUUUAAGUUUGUGUUUGUUUGUUUGUUUUUAUUUUUCAUAUG